CAAGUCACUGGCAGCAUGCUGUGUGCGCUGCUCCUCCUGCCCAGCCUCCUGGGGGCUGCUAUGGGCAGCCCCCUCCCAGGCACCUCAGGCCCCCCAGAGUGUGCUGCAGGCUCCAGGGUGUGGUGUAGGGACCUGGAGGCUGCUGUGAAGUGCGGGGCCCUGGGGCACUGCCGGGAGCUUGUCUGGAGCAAGCCCACCGCCAGGUCCCUGCGCUGCGAAGUGUGUCAGGAUGUGGUGGCCGCCGCCAGCAGUGGGCUGAACCCAGAUGCCACAGAGUCUGAGUUCCUGGUGCCCCUGAUGAAGACCUGUGAGUGGCUUCCCAGCCUGGAGUCUUCAGCCAGAUGCAGGUGGGUAGCGGAGGCCUACAGCCCCACCAUCCUGAGCAUGCUCCAUGGAGCCCCGGGCACCGCCCCGGCACAGGUGUGCUCAGCGCUCACCCUGUGCGAGCCGCUGCAGAGGGUCCUGGCUGCCCCAGGGGUGCCACUCACCCAGGAGGGUGCACUUGAGGUCGUGGCUCCGUUCCUGGCCAACGGAGCCCUCACUUUCCACGCCCCGCUGCCAGCACCUGAGGAUGCCGUGUGCUACAACUGCAUCCGGCUCAUCUCUCAGCUCCAGGGUGCGCUGGGGCCCAACCUGACCCUGGCCGAGCUGAAUAUGCAGGAGCAGUGCGAGUCCUUGGCACCCAGCCUGGCUCUGCUCUGCAAGAACUACACCCACCAGCUCUUCAGCCCCACGGAGCAGACCCUGAGGGGCCUCCCGCCCCAGGAGGUCUGCAGGAAGGGAGGCUUCUGUGAGGAGCUCAGGGGGCCAGCGCAGCAGCUGGCACAAGUAGCUGCUGUGGAUGGGGCCCCCCCUAUCAACCUACCCGAGAUGACAAGCGAGGCCCAGAAGGCGUCGGGCCUGACCUGUGAGGUGUGCCUGGGCAUAAUCAAGGAGAUGGACCAGUGGCUGGCGUCCAAUGGCACUGAGGUCUUCAUCACCCACUCCCUGGAGCGCGCGUGCUCCAUCAUGCCCCCGUCCAUCGUGCAGCAGUGUAUCGUCAUGGUGGACACCUACAGCCCUGCCCUGGUGGAGAUGGUCACCCAAAUCACUCCGGAAAAAGUGUGCACAACCCUCCGGCUGUGCAGCCGACGCCGAAGUGCCCGCUCCCUCUCCAGGUGGAGCCUGGCGACCACAGCCCCCCCACCGCCCCCGGUGCUGCUGGACGAGGAGAACCAGGGCAGCUUCUGCAGCAGCUGCAAGCGCCUGUUCCACCUGUCCUCCGAGAACCUGGAGCUCAAGAGCACCAAGCGGGACAUCCUGAUGGCCUUCAAGGGCGGGUGCCGCAUCCUGCCGCUGCCCUACAGGAUCGAGUGCAACCGCUUUGUCACACAGUACGAGCCCGUGUUCAUCCAGAGUGUCAAGGAGAUGAUAGACCCCUUGGCUGUGUGCAAGAAGAUGGGGGCCUGCCACGCCCCCAAGAUCCCACUGCUGGGCACUGACCAGUGCGUGCUGGGCCCCAGCUUCUGGUGCCGCAGCCGGGAGGCCGCCGAGCUGUGUAAUGCCAUGGAGCACUGCCAGCGGCAGCUCUGGAAGGAAAGGCAAUUCCACACCAGGCUGCACCCCUGACCCCAUGAAGCUGCAGGCCCCGACUGCCAGGGCCAGUGCCUCAAGGCUCCGUGCCCCAAGGGACCGAGGAGGUGGGUGCUGUCCCAUCCCAUUUCACAGAUGAGAAACCGAGGCUCUGCCCAGGAAGCUGGGGGCAAGCGGGGCUGACAGCCAAAGCCAGGCAUUUCCGAUCUUGUGGGGCUCUGUUAACACCUCCACCUGGUGGCUCUAGCCUCACAAAUAACAGCAGCAGAGCCAAGCAUGUGGAGUGCACCGUCCCACUGCAGCCAAGACCACUCUCCACACUGUGACGCUGCAGACAGCCCAGGGAGCCUGGCAGGGGCCUGGCUGCCCCUCCACCCGCCUGGGCAGACAACCCAGCUGCCAGCCAAGGCAGGAUCGGGGAGAAGGGCAUGGGGCCAUGAUGGCCAGCUGCAGUUCCUCUUCUCAUGGCUUGGAUCAGGGGCUGGAUCUCAACUGGGGGUGGCUUUGGUGGCUCCCAAGGGUGCAGGUGCCUCUGGACUUCUCUGGGAGGAGUCUGAGGCUUCGUCCAGGUUCCCCAAGGGGUGCUUCUGGUGUCUUGGCCCCCAUGGGGACUCUGUCCCCUCCCCUAGGCUCUCAGCUGCCCUGAUGCAAAGAGAAAAUCUUAGGGUGGGGGUGCUUGGCAGCAGAAGGGCAAAGCACACUGGGCAGAGCCCUGAAGCAGCCCUGAGGGUACGGGGUGGCAAGGGCCAUCCAGGAGAGCCAUGCCCCAGCAGCGAGCAGGUCCUUCCCCUACCAAAGCCUCAGUUUCUCAUCUGUGGAAUGGGAUGGUCACACUUUCCUCACAGAC